CAGUUAGGUCAUAUCACGAGUUCCAUGUCUGUGGCGUCGUCGUUGUACAUCGACUUUCUUUCGAGCGACCAGUCGAUUUUCUUUUUUGCAUUUCGUCGUCACAAUCCUCCCGUUUAUCGUCAUCACAAGCCAAGGAGCCGAUCUGAACUUUUACAAAAAGUUUUGUCUGCAUCUCGGGUCCAGCGAGUUAUCCACCAGUUGAGCAGUGAUGGUGAGACGAGGAGACAUCUUAAUGUUAAAUCAUAUCACAUUUUGAAUGACAUGGCUCAUACGUUGUAUGGGGUAGACGGCAUUCGUUGGUUCGCUGCUCUUGUUAGAGGAGUACUAGUCAAUGGAUUGUUUGAACAAGUUUUAUUGAACAAGGGAGGAAUAGAGCAGCUUUCCUUAGCUCUCUUGGAACAUCCAGUUGUGAUAUUACCAACUCAUCGCAGUUAUGUUGAUUUCUUAGUUCUUUCUUUAAUGAUGUUUCCAUACAACUUACCACUGCCUGCUAUCUGUGCUGGAGAAGAUUUCAAGUCUAUGGCUUUCUUUGGGAAGGUGCUGAGAAGAUGUGGUGGUUUCUUUAUUCGCCGAACGUUUGGUUCUGGUUCAGAUCCCCUUUACUGGUCUCUUUUUGUUGAAUAUGUCCAGUCUAUUCUUUCAAAUGGCGACUCUCCAGUUGAAUUCUUUAUUGAAGGAACAAGAAGUCGCAGUGCUAGAUCGCUACAUCCAAAGUUGGGAUUGUUAUUUGCUGUGUGUGAGGCAUAUGUGAAGCGUCGCGUGUCUGACAUUUACAUAUUACCUGUCAAUAUCAGUUAUGAGACUCGUUUAGAAGACAGUCUUAUGGUGUGGGAGUUACUUGGAGUCCCUAAACCUAAGGAAUCAACUUCAGGACUUUGGAAAGCACGCAAAGUAUUGCAGCAGAAUUUUGGAAAUAUUCACAUGACAUUUGGUAGAAUGAUAUCAUUACAUGCAGAGAUUGGACAUUCAAUAAACAAAAAGCAGCACAAUACCUUACCAAGAUUUAUAAGUGAGAAGGUGCAGGAGGAAGAUAUGGCCAUACAAUGCUUGGCGUACCGUAUUGUCUAUGAGCAACAGAAGGGAUGUGUAUUGUGUCCAUCGUCUUUAGUGUCAACAGUACUACUGCAGCAACACAGUAUUCAUAAAGAUGAUCUCACAAAGCAAGUUGCAUUUCUAAAGCAACUAUUGGAACGAAGAGGAGCAAGAGUUAUGUGGAAAGACAAUGAUUAUUUGUCUAUUGAUCGUGGUUUAAAGUUUCUUGGUGGCUUUCUUGCUGUCGACUCAGAAAACGUUUCAGUGAAUUUGUCAUUGCAAGUACAGAAAGGAAUAUAUGAUACGCCAUGGCCAUCUUACUGUCUUAAUCAGUUGACUGACGAGCAGAGGUGGUGUGUUUUGGAAGAUGCAGUAAAGGUGAUGAUGCUGAUGUGUCAACAGAACCAGUUGGUCCACUUUGUCACGAUGGAUUCACUCGUUGCUGUUGUAUUACGUGCUUAUGGCACUGGCCAGUCACGAAAUGAAUUGUUAAUGUCAUGUCGGAUGUUGUUAGAGAUCUUGUCACAAGAGUUUGUUGUUAUGAUGGAGGACUGGGAGCAGCAAUUUGAAGAGUCAUUGGUUCAUCUAGAAACAGAUGCAGUUAUUGUGAUGUCUGAUGAUCGCUCUGUUGUACACGUUCCAGCUAAGUCAUUGGGUGCAGUUGAUUUUCUCAGCAGGAUUGUUACUCCUUCUCUAAUUACUGCCUUUCUUGUCUGCACUUGGCUGUUGGAUUGCUUGACAACUGAAAUGACUAUUUCUAGAAUAACAGCUGCUGUUCAGUCCUACAACAUUUUGUUGAUCAAAGAAGGUCUUUUGUCAUUUUACGAGACUCUGUCACUGGAGGCAAUAAAGAACAUCCUUGUAGCACUUAUAAACAUGGACGUUUUGGCAAGAAAUGAAGCACAAGUUAAAUUUGUAAGGAUGUCAAACAAAGCAAAACUUGAGGAUGUACACAUGAACUUGGGUAAGAUGACAUCUUGUAGAUGUGUUUCGAGGCAGCGUUUCGGAAGAGUGCCAUCAAAGCUGUGAUCGUCAGUUCUGUUGCUGGGUCUGCUUUCUGUUGCAGGGUCUGCUUUCUGUUGCAGGGUCUGCUUUCUGUUGCAAACUGGAAGUACAGACUAUUAGUCAGAAUUGGCAUAGUUGAUUAUAAAUGAAAGCGACAAGCAUGCAUCAUGCUGUUGGUAUAAAUUAUGUCACAUUUAUGUGUUGUGGUAUCAGUGAGACCAAGUAACCCUAGAUAUUUAAUUUGCUCUACUGUGGCACACAGUACGUGACUUUAUCAGGUUAGUCACAUCUCUGAGAUGUAAAACCAUCUAGAGGUUGUAAAUUAAACACAAUCUAGGGCGUGACUUUAUUGCCACUCUACACACACUCCAGUAGGCAAGUAAUCUUCUAGGUGCACGCGUUAAUUUUAUUGAGUAUGCAGAUCUUUAC